UUUUGUAUUUUUUCCAGUACAUUUUGAAGCACUAUGGUGAAAAUCCAGACAACUACAGUGAGGAACUGAGGAAACUCGAUCAGCUCAGACAGAGCGCUGUCAAUGUAACGAGAGACUUUGAAGGAUGCAGCACGCUGAGGAAGUACUUUGGCCAGCUUCACUAUCUGCAGAGUCGUGUCCCCAUGGGGUCAGGAGAGGAGGCAGCGGUCCCAGUUACAUGGACUGAGAUCUUUUCUGGCAAAGCAGUAACCGUGGAUGAGAUCUGCUAUGAACAGGCCUGCAUUCUCUAUAAUCUAGGAGCCCUUCACUCGAUGCUUGGAGCCGUGGAUAACAGAGUGACUGAGGAGGGCAUGAAGGUUUCCUGUACGCACUUCCAGUGUUCGGCGGGAGCUUUUACCUACUUGUGUGAUCACUUCAGUCACUCGUUUAGUGUCGACAUGAGCCACCAGAUCCUCAACCUCAACAUCAACCUCAUGCUGGGACAAGCACAGGAGUGUCUGUUGGAAAAAUCUAUGCUGGACAAUAGAAAAAGUUUUUUAGUAGCAAGAAUAAGUGCUCAGGUGGUGGACUAUUAUAAGGAGGCUUGCCGUGCUCUGGAGAACUCAGAGACAGCUUCGCUGAUAGGAAAAUUCCAGAAAGACUGGAAGAAGCUGAUACAGAUGAAGAUCUAUUACUAUGCCGCCGUUGCACAUCUACAUAUGGGCAAACAAUCCGAGGAGCAACAGAAAUAUGGAGAAAGGCUUGCUUACUUUCAAAGUUCAUUCGACAAGUUGACCGAAGCAAUCAAGUAUGCAAAGGGGCAACCAGAGACUGUACAAGAAGCACUGCGUUUUACCAUGGAUGUCAUUGGGGGAAAAUACACCGCAGCCAAGAAGGAUAAUGACUUUGUCUACCACGAGACUGUACCACCCAUUGAUUCACUCACAUCUGUGAAAGGAGCGUCGUUGGUAAAAGCCCUCCCUGUCAACCCAACUGACCCAAACGUGACUGGUCCUGACAUCUUUACAAAGUUGGUGCCAAUGGAAGCUCAUGAGGCCUCAUCUCUGUACAGUGAAGAAAAAGCUAAAUUACUACGGGAAGUCGUGGAUAAAAUAGACGCCAAAAAUGAAGUCUUAGAGCAAUUCAUGGAUUCUUUGAGGAUUGACCCAGACUCGAUGGACAACCUGGACAUGUUCAAUCAUAUUCCCCCGGUCCUGAUGGAGAAGUGUGCCGCUCUGAGUGUGCGUCCCGACACAGUGAAGAGUUUGGUUCAAUCCAUGCAAAUUCUGUCCGGGCUGUACACGGACGUGGAAGCAUCGUUGAGAGAGUUGAAGGAGCUGAUGGAUGAGGAUGAAUCGAUGGAGAAGAAAUGCCAAGAGGUGACUGGCAAGCUGUGCCAGCCCAGCGGGACGUCAGCCCUCAGCAAGGAGUGGGUCAAGUACAUGGAGGUCCACGAGAAGGCCAGCUUCACCAACACUGAGCUGCACAAGGCGAUGAAUCUGCACAUCAGCAACUUGCGGCUGCUGAGCGGACCCUUGGAAGACCUCCGCGCUGCCCUUCCAUCCCCCACCGUCACCGAUGAGGACAAGGACCAUCCUGCAGAACAUGAAGCGAAUCUUGUUGAAGAGUGA